AUGAAUGAUAAUUUAGAAACUGAUGUGCCGAGUGAUAGUAAAACCGAGGAGUUGCCAAAACAAACUGGCACUCCUGGAUUCAACCAGUUAGGAAUUAAUGACAAUAUUUCUUCUGGGCAAGGGACAGAAGUUAGCAAUGCUCAAGCUAUGUCCACACAGGAUAUGCUAACAGCAUUAUUUGAAAAGGUUACUAUUAAAGAGCAGGAGCCUGAAAAACAACGCGAGCUUAAAGAGCAGGAGCGUGAAAGACAAAGUCAGCAGGAAAAGGAAAAACGUAGACAGGAACAUCUUAUAGAAAAACAGCAACAAGAGCUCAGGGACCAAGAAAAGGAACAGAAAUUUAUGGAAAAUAUAAACAAUAUUUUCCUGGAAAGGGAUAAAGAAAUUGUCCGAAAGGAGAAACAAGACCUGCUGCAGCGCGACUUCUAUCCAGCAGCAGAUCCAAACCACGAUGCAGCCGACGGCAACCGACGCCCCACCGACUCGGCCGGGGGCGGUCCAGCAGCAGCCACUACCUGUCUUCGGUCCCAAGGCUCGACACGGGGCGGUCUUACGACGUCAGCAGCAAAUUCUUAUAACAUUCGAUAA